GAGACUCUCGGAAGGCCACCUGGAGAUCUAUUGACUAUUGACAUUGACACUGUAGGUGUGCUUAGCAACAACAAUCCACGCUUUCCUCUAGGGCAAUCUGUUCAAGCAUUCGAUUUUGACGGCCGGCGGAGUCAUUGCCCGUAUCGCCAGGUCGACCAACCCAGACAACUCCUGCUUUUUGUUUUCCUGGAGAAUGAAGGCGCGGUAGUUCUGUACACCGCCCCUCUCCACGUCGCUUUUUCGAUUAUUCUGUCGCUCGGAAAUAACGCCCCUACUUCUUACCACCUAUAACAAAUUGCUUGCUGCUUGCCGCUGAAAAGCAGGCGCUUCUGUCACCAUGAGCUACAUGAAGAAGGAUGAGGAUGCGGAUCAGACUAUGAUCAAGCUUGAUCGCACCUCUGUCUUUCAAGAUGCGAGAUUGUUCAAUUCAUGUCGCACGCUGCUUACGAAAAUCGCCGUUUUGCUAUUCACAGGGGAGAAGUUCCCGACCAACGAAGCUACCACACUCUUCUUUGGCAUCUCCAAGCUUUUCCAAAACAAAGACCCUUCGUUGCGGCAGAUGGUAUACUUGAUCCUGAAGGAACUCGCCAACACUGCCGAAGAUGUGAUUAUGUCCACCAGCAUUAUCAUGAAGGACACUGCUGUCGGCAGUGACGUCUUGUACCGAGCCAAUGCUAUUCGGGCACUGUGCCGCAUCAUUGAUGCUACUACUGUUCAGGGUAUUGAAAGAUUAAUAAAGACCGCCAUUGUUGAUAAGACCCCCUCCGUCUCGUCUGCCGCGUUGGUUUCUUCGUACCACCUUCUUCCCAUCGCUCGUGAUGUUGUUCGCAGGUGGCAGAGCGAGACACAAGAGGCUGCUUCCUCAGCCAAGACAUCGACGGGAUUCCUCGGAUUUUCGUCCGGCCAAAGCCACGCUAUAUCGCAGGCCAAUUACAUGACCCAAUACCAUGCUAUUGGUCUAUUGUAUCAAAUGCGUUCGCAUGACAGGAUGGCUUUGGUGAAGAUGGUUCAGCAAUACGGCGCUGCAGGUGCAGUCAAGAGCCCGGCCGCUGUCGUGUUGCUCGUACGAUUGGCAGCUAAACUAGCAGAGGAGGAUGCAAGCUUGAGGAAACCAAUGAUGCAGAUGCUUGAUGGCUGGCUCCGACACAAGCAUGAAAUGGUCAAUUUCGAGGCUGCCAAGGCUAUCUGUGACAUGAAGGACGUGACUGACGCAGAAGCCUCUCAAGCCGUGCACGUUCUGCAACUGUUCCUUUCCUCGCCGCGUGCAAUCACCAAGUUUGCGGCUAUUAGGAUUCUGCACUCCUUUGCUUCGUUCAAGCCUCAUGUUGUUAACCAAUGCAACCCGGACAUCGAAUCUCUUAUUUCCAACAGCAACCGAUCAAUUGCCACCUUCGCUAUCACCACAUUACUCAAGACCGGCAACGAGGCUAGUGUUGACCGCCUCAUGAAGCAGAUCUCCGGUUUCAUGGCCGACAUCACUGAUGAGUUCAAGAUCACUGUUGUCGAAGCUAUCAGGACUCUAUGCCUGAAAUUCCCAAGCAAGCAGGCUAGUAUGCUCACUUUCUUGAGCGGUAUCCUGCGAGAUGAGGGUGGCUAUGAAUUUAAGCGCAGUGUUGUCGAAAGCAUGUUCGAUCUCAUCAAGUUUGUGCCGGGUAGUAAAGAAGAUGCACUCUCGCAUCUGUGCGAGUUCAUCGAGGAUUGCGAAUUCACUAAGCUCUCAGUGCGCAUCUUGCAUCUUCUAGGCGUCGAGGGUCCAAAGACCCCUCAACCUACAAAAUAUAUUCGUUAUAUCUACAACCGAGUAGUACUUGAAAAUGCCGUUGUUCGUGCUGCUGCCGUCACUGCCUUGGCUAAAUUUGGUGUUGGCCAAAAGGACCCUGAAGUCAAGCGCAGCGUGUCUGUUCUUCUUACGAGAUGUUUGGAUGACACAGAUGACGAGGUGCGCGAUCGUGCAGCGCUCAACCUCCGGUUAAUGGCCGAAGAAGACGAGAUCGCCGAUCGUUUUGUCAAGAAUGAAUCUAUGUACUCGCUGUCAACGUUCGAACACCAACUCGUUAUGUAUGUUACUUCUACAGAUAAGGAAACGUUUGCCGCCGCUUUCGACGUUUCUACUAUCCCAGUUGUUUCUCAUGAACAAGCACUUGCGGAGGAAAGAACUAAGAAACUCACAUCUGCGACACCCACGCUUAAGGCUCCUUCAACAGGUCCAUCCAAGACCCAAGUCAACGGAGCUGCUGACAGUGCCGCCUCUGCCGCGGCUGCAACGCAGAAAUACGUCGAAGAACUUGCUCGUAUCCCCGAGCUCAAGGAAUACGGCACUCUCCUCAAAUCAUCUGGUAUCGUGGAGCUUACUGAAAGCGAAACCGAAUACGUUGUAUCCGCCGUAAAGCACAUCUUCAAGGAGCAUAUUGUUUUACAAUACAAUAUCAAGAAUACCCUGCCUGAUACAGUCCUUGAGGAUGUGUCAGUAGCAGCAACACCCGCAGAUGAUGAGGAGCUACUGGAAGAAGAAUUCACCGUUCCUUGCACGAAACUGCCCACCAAUGAACCGGGCAUUGUUUAUGUCGCAUUCAAGAAAAUCGGCGAAGAGCAAGCUUUCCCCACUACCUCGUUCACCAACAAUCUCAAAUUCACCAGCAAAGAAAUCGAUCCUUCUAGCGGUGAGCCUGAAGAUACGGGCUACGAAGAUGAAUACCAAGUCGAGGAUCUUGAACUCACAGGCAGCGACUAUGUCAUUCCCAACUUCGCCGGCAGCUUCGACCAUGUAUGGGAACAGACCGGUGCCAAUGGUGAAGAAGCAAGCGAAACAUUCCAGCUCAGCAAUGUCAAGAGCAUUUCAGAUGCCACCGAACAACUCAUCAAUGCUCUCUCUCUCCAGCCCCUGGAAGGAACAGACGUGGCCCUCAGCAACACAACGCAUACCCUCAAGCUGUACGGCAAGACUGUCUCUGGCAGUCGCGUAGCAGCUCUCGUCAAGAUGGCCUUCUCCGCCCGUACCGGUGUAACAACCAAGGUCUCUGUGCGAGCAGAAGAAGCCGGCUUUGCCGCUGCUAUCGUGGCGUCUGUCAGUUAAAAAUAUUUGUUAUCUUUGAUCUUCUUAACAUUACUGGUAUUACUGGUGUGGUGACGACUGGGCGAAUAUAUCCCUAAGACAUGUAGAUAAUUAUGCGUACGCUUUUAUUCAUUUUCAUGGUUAUCAUUAUUCUCUCCAAUUGUAGUCCGUGAAUGAAGAAUGAAAUGGGAAGGAUUUCCUUUGUUCUUUGUUUGAUUGGAAUGAAAAUUAUUAGGUUUUAAAGCUAUUCGCAGUCGUGGAGAAAAUAUAUGGCUGUUCGAUAGCAAUAUCAGCUGAUGGGAGUAAUGUUAUGUAUCGAUGCCUGGGAAGUCUGCACUUUGCUAUUGAUUUUACAAUAUAUCUGUAUCAAUGGAUUAAUUGAUCUGGAC